AUGUGUACUCUUCUCCACUUCAGCACCUCUUUCCACCCUCAGACAGAUGGACAGAGCGAGAGGAAGAUACAGACUCUCGAGGACAUGCUACACACAUGUGUUUUGGAUUUCGGUGGAAGUUGGGAUACGUAUCUUCCGUUAGUGGAAUUUUCGUAUAACAACAGUUACCAUGCCAGCAUAGACCGACCUCCAUUCGAGAUGCUCUACGGGAGGAAGUAUAGGACCCCAAUAUAUUGGGACGAGGUCAAUCAGAGAGUCAUGGGGAGUAUUAAGGUAGUGCUCAAGACUAUAUAG